AGCGGGCAGGACAGAAGAAAACCCCUACUGCUCAUGCCAUGAAGGAGGAGAAUUUUCUUCGUCGCAGGUUCUCUCUCUGUCCUGCUUCUUCCACCCCUCAGAAAAUUGACCCUCGCAAGCUGACACGGAAUCUGUUCUUCGGGGCUGAUAAUGAGAUCUACCCACUCAGCCCAGGAAAAGACAUGGAAGGAAACAGCCUGUCAGCACUGAAGGAUGAGGCUCCACAGACUCCAGUCUCCAUUAGUAAGAUUCCACCUGGUACAUAUAAGCUUUGCAAUGGGUCUGAUAAAGAGUGUGCGUCUCCCACAGCCAAAUUUACUAAGAAGGAGACAUUGAAGGUACAGAAGAAGAAUUACAGACAGGAGAAGAAAAGAGCCACCAAGCAACUCUUCAGUGCUCUAAAGGAUCCCAGUGUGGUGAUUAUGGCAGACUGGCUGAAGAUCCGUGGGACUCUGAAAAGCUGGACCAAGCUGUGGUGUGUUCUGAAACCAGGAGUGCUGCUGAUUUAUAAAACACCAAAGAUCGGUCAGUGGGUGGGCACCAUCCUGCUCCAUUCCUGCGAGCUGAUUGAGAGACCCUCCAAAAAGGAUGGCUUCUGUUUUAAACUCUUCCACCCCUUGGAUCAGUCCAUCUGGGCUGUGAAAGGUCCAAAGGGAGAAAAUGUUGGUUCCAUCACUCAGCCUCUUCCCAGCAGCUACUUGAUCUUCAGAGCAGCCUCGGAAUCCGAUGGCCGAUGUUGGUUGGAUGCUCUGGAACUUGCCCUGCGUUGCUCCAGUCUCUUCCGACUCAGCGCCUCCAAACAGGGGAAGGAUGGAGACCUGAACUGCUCUUCUGAUUCUUCACAUGCUGGGCUGUAUAACCUGUUGCACACGGCCACCAUCUCUGACCAGGAGCUCUUCCAUUUUAAUGAAUCAGCCCUGGAAAAUCACCACGUGGAAAAUGAUGCUUUUUCGGACAAGUCUGAGAGAGACAACAUAGAGGAGUCUGAGAAUGAAACUCAGGAGAACAGCCGGAAGACGAAUGAAAGCGAGAGUGACCAGUCUGAAAUCCAUGGGGAUAUGUCCCAGGAAAGGAAAGGGACGACCUAUAUGGAACAGAUCUAUGAGGAAUUUGGGGAGACGGGUGAAUCCUCUCAAACAGAAACGGUCUCGGAAGAAAACAAGAGCUUGAUGUGGAUUCUGUUGAAACAGCUGCGGCCUGGCAUGGACUUGUCCCGAGUGGUUCUGCCCACCUUCAUCCUGGAGCCACGUUCUUUCCUCAACAAACUCUCUGAUUAUUACUACCAUGCUGACCUACUUUCCCAAGUUGCACUCGAAGACGAUUCAUACAGUCGAAUCAAGCAAGUUUUGAGAUGGUAUUUGUCAGGCUUUUAUAAGAAGCCAAAGGGAAUAAAAAAGCCAUAUAACCCCAUUUUGGGAGAGACCUUUCGCUGCUGUUGGUUUCAUCCACAGACAAACAGUCACACGUUUUACAUCGCGGAACAGGUAUCUCAUCACCCACCAGUGUCAGCCUUUCACGUCAGUAAUAGGAAGGAUGGGUUCUGCAUUUCUGGCAGCAUUCUAGCCAAGUCCAAGUUUUAUGGUAACUCACUUUCUGCGUUAUUGGAUGGGAAAGCCAAGCUUACGUUUCUAAACAGGGAUGAAGACUACAUCAUUACGAUGCCAUAUGCCCAUUGUAAAGGAAUUUUAUACGGUACCAUGACAAUGGAACUUGGAGGGAAAGUUACUAUUGAAUGUGAGAAAAGCAACCACAGAGCAGAGCUGGAGUUCAAACUAAAGCCCUUCUUUGGUGGCAGCACAAGCAUUAAUCAAAUCUCUGGGAAGAUUAAAUCAGGAGAAGAAGUGUUAGCAAGCCUUGAUGGACACUGGGAUGGGGAAGUGUAUAUAAAUGACUUGAAAAAUGGGAACACUGAAAUAUUCUGGAACCCAACCAGUGAGGUGCGGAGACAGAGACUGAAACGCCACAUUGUGCUAUUUGAAGAGCAAACGGACUUUGAAUCGGAGAGACUUUGGCAGCAUGUAACAAGUGCAAUAAACAAAGGAGAUCAACACAAGGCAACUCAGGAGAAAUUUGUAUUGGAAGAAGAGCAGAGGAACGCUUCACGGGAGCGGAAGGAGAAUGGCACGGAGUGGAAGCCGCUGCUCUUCCGACAUGAUGCUGCUACCAAUGAAUGGCACUACAAAUACGAAGAUUUAAGGCCCUGGGACCCUUUAAAUGACAUUGCCCAGUUUGAGAAAGAUGGGAUACUUCAAACCAUGGAGAGGUACCUAUCCACAAGGAUGUCGUCCCACAAAACCAUGUGUAUAAACAACCAAGUUAUACGACACAAGAGAUCUGCGAAAGACUGCAGGCGUCGUAAAACCAGUGACCAACCAUCCAACCACAGCCAAAACACUGAGAGCAGCUGUUCAACACCAGAGUCUGUGCAGGAGCUGUCGGAUGAUGAUGGCAAUUUUGCCCCAGGUUUUGAAAGUCCAUGUACUCGGUGCGGAAAAGAAAUGAAUCACCUGAAGGAAAUCCACAUGACUGUCUUAUCCCUACAGAAAGCCCAGCAGGACAUACACAGAAACCUCACUGCUCUGAACAAAAAAUCUUUCUACAGGAAGGCCUCUUCCGAAAACCUCCUCCUGGACUCUCGCUGUUGGUUUCUCAUUUGCGUCUUUCUUACAUGUCAACUGUUCAUUAAUUAUGUCUUCAAAUAA